AUGGAACCUCCAAAUUGUAAAUCUUUACUUUCAUCUUAGAAAUAACAAAAUCUGUAAUGGAAGGAUUCGAUAAUCUUUUAUUGACUUAAACCCAAUUUAUGCCAUAGAAAAAGAAGGUAUUUUUAGAAGAUAAUAUAAAAUACGGAAAAGAAAUUGAUAGAGAUUAUAAUAAAUUAUAAGAUAUUCUUGAUGUAAAAGUAAUUGAUUGAAUAGGAAGAAUUUAUAAGGGAAAAUUGAUAAGAUUAUAAAAUCAUAAGAAGAUGAUUUUAUGAUUGCAUAUAGAGAAUAAAUGACAGAUAUAUAAAAAGAAUUGAAGAACAUGAAGAGAAAAAUUGAUGAAGAAGCUUUGAGAUAAAAGGCAGAUGAGAAAAAGAGAAUUCUAGAAGAAGAAAGAGAUUAUUUUAAAGAAGAAGCCUUAAGAUUAGAUAAAUUAUGUUAGGAAUAAUUGAGAACUAUUGAAGAAAUAAAAUUUAAAUUAAAAAUAACAUUAGAAGAAAAGUAAUAUUAUGAAGGUUUUGUUAUUGGUAUAAUAUAUAUAAAUAUAAUUAUUUAGAUUCUAAAAAAGAAAAUAAAGCAUUAAAAUAUGAAUUAUUAUAUUUGUAUAAAUAAAAAAGUGAGGAAUAAAAAUUAGGUACAAGAAUAGGUUAAAUUGGAGAUGUUGGUGAAAGAAAUAAUAUGAAGAAGAUACUUGAAAUAAGACCUGAUAUUAGACCAAUGACUUAGGAUGGAACUUAUGCAAAUUCAACAAAAGAUGAAAUUGGUGAAGGUUCAAAAAGAGGUUUUUCAUCAGUCAAGAAAACAUUGAAGACAUAAUUAUCAAGUAAAUUUUAGGAUUAAGGUUCUUCAUUACAUGAUUUAUAUAAAAGAGAAUUAUCAUCUUAAUAGUAAAGUAGAUAAAAUUAAGAUAUGCAAUAAGUAUUAAUUAUAUAAUAUUAGAUUGAAGAAAUCUCUAAAAGUAAUGUAAUAUAAGAUUUAAAAUAACAAUUAUAAAAAGAAAAAUAAUUAACUUAAUAAUUAAAAGUAGAACUUUCAUAAUAGAAUUGUUAAAGAGGAGAACUUGAAUAAAUUUUAUUAGAAUGUGUUGCUGAAACAAAAAAAGAAGUUCAUUCUCGUUAAUGCUUAUAAAAAUAAGUAUUGAAUCAUAGAUAUUUGGAUUUAAUUCAUUAAGAAGGUGGUAUAAAUUUUUCAUAAUUUACUCAUACAGAUAAAAUGUAUAUUUGUAUAUAUUUAUGAUUUAGUUCAUUAUUAAGAAAAUAUAUAGGAAGUGAAGAAUUUUUAGAUUAAUUAUAUUAAAUCACUUUUAAUAAUUAAUUAUAAAUAUCUUCAUCACUUAAAUUAAAUGAAAAAUGGAAAAUGGAUGCAGAAGAAGCAACUAAAAAGUUCAAUCAUUUUAAAACCUUUAAAUUUAAACACAUAACAAGUUAACGUAAUUUAUUCAAUAUAUAUUAUAGCUAUUUUAAAAACAUCCCUUGUUAAAAAAAAUGAAAGAGAAAUAGUAUCAAUAUCUAAUAAUUUUACAGAAAAAACAAAAGGAUUAAUUGAUAAAAUAAUUAAAAAUUGA